AUGGGCAACCUCAUCUGGCACGAAUACUCCCGACUUGUUUCUAUCACGGCAAGCGUCUGUAGGUGUGCCCUUCUUUAUACAAAAAACGAUCAUUCACGUGCCAUUACAGAUGCCAUUUGGGCAAGUUUCUUCGGCUUGUUCUAUCGUAAAUUCUUUUGGGACUUUGUGGGUGGUACUUUGCGUGAUCCCGGAGGCAUUCAGCCAUCUCCAAAUGCUGAAUUCUUCAUUACCAUCAUCGUCAAGAUUCCCCUCGUGCAAAUCCUUUCGAACAUUCUCGCAGCAUCCAUACUUGCCAUCGAACUUCCUCUGCCACAGGUUAAGCAGUUUAGUUUGUAUCGCAGCAUCGUUGGCCGGAUUGUUCUGCUGCUAUUUCAAGUUUUCCUGACAAUCCUCUUCUACCAGGGAACAAAUGCCGCCAUAUGGUCAUUGAUAGCGGUCAUAUGUUAUGGCCGUUCGCUUAUGCUCGGAGAAACGAUGCAAGAAGCAAAAGAUAAUCGCGGGAAGGCAGGGAUGGCUUGA